AUGGCCUUGACAAAACUCAACUUCAUUACUGGAAACAAAAAUAAGCUCGCCGAAGUCCGGUCUAUCCUCGGUGACGUUAUUGAGGUAGACAGCCAGACAGCCGAUAUCUCUGAGAUCCAGGGAACAGUCGAGGAGAUCGCUGAAGAAAAAGCCAGGCGGGCAGCUGAAGUGAUAAAUGGACCUGUCCUAGUGGAAGACAGUGCGCUCGAAUUCAGUGCCCUUAAGGGUUUCCCUGGACCCUAUAUAAAAUAUUUCCUCGAUGCUUUAGGCCUCGAGGGCUUAAAUAAGAUGCUCGAUGGAUUUGAGGAUAGGACAGCCGAGGCUGGUACAAUUGUCCGGCCACGAGGUCAAAUUAACUUUGGUUGGGACCCUAUCUUUGAGUAUGAUGGAAAAGCUACGUUUGCUGAGAUGAAGCAAGAGGAGAAGAACUUGGUCUCCCAUGGGCACAAGGCGCUAGUAAAGCUGCAGCAGUGGCUGGCUCACGGCCAAGAACAACUGACCUAG